AUGUCAAGACCACCGCGCCGAGGGAAAGGUAUUAAGGAGGAGAAUCAGGACGAUGAAUUGGCCCACGAGCCUUCGCGGCUUUUGACCUCUGUCUUGAAAACACUUGAUCUUACAUUCGAAAGAGACAUUGGCAUGUUAAAUGGUAAAAAUGUUCGAUCUUUGCCUGGAUUCCAAUCACUCCAAAAUUUCCAAGGUCUUCUUGAUAAACUAGAAUCAUCUUUGGAGCGUAUUUCGGUCAGCGACAAAGCUACUAUCACUACGAUCCGGGAAAUUUUGGAAAAUAACACGACUGUGGAGCCAUCGCCAAAGCCUACAGAGCAGGAGGAAAGCCAUCAAAAAUUGGACACUCUGGAGACCCGGGAGAAUGGGCGUGAAGUGCAUGCAAGCGAUGACGAGGUGGAUGUCGCACCAAUAAAGCAGGCCAGUCGAAAACGAUCGCUAAAAGUCGAAGAUGAAGAAGACGAGGGAUUUAUCCAUCCCAGUAAAAGACCCGCUAACAAAGCAUUAGAGCCCUCGCCAGAGGCAGAAAAGAAAAUUCAAAGCGAACUCGAUCGAAUAGAAAGUGACCCAUCCGUGAAAAAUCCAAAAUCCGAGUUUGUCGUCUCCCAAACACUUCCUGCAGCAGCUGUGAGCCUGGGGCUUUUUACUAAUAAGGGUUUGGAAAGUACAGGCGAAGAUUUUCUUAAGAAAAAGUUUGGGGUUUCGAGUUAUCCAGCGAGCGAUUUGAAAGAUUUGUUACCUGGGGAGAUUCCAGAUAUGGACUUUUCUAGACCCAAACCCGCCAAUCAAAUUCAGUUCACUACUUUUCUCACCUCUGUGGAUAGCUUCUUCCGUGAGUUUACGGAUGAUGACAUCAAGCUUUUGAAAACCAAGUAUAUCAUUCCACCUAACGUGAAAGUGGAAAGGUCCUACGAUCCAGAAGUUACGCCAUACAUCAUCCCAAAACUAGGCCCACUCUAUGCGGACGUGUGGGCGAAAGAAGACAAUAGCCAAAAUAUUGCUAAUCUUUCGCCACCGCCUCUGCACGACCCAACAAGCAUACUACCCAAAAAAUCUAGCAGAGAAUUAAGUGAUGAGACUUUGGAAACGGAAGAAAUUUCGUGUGGUCCUCUGGUUUCUAGAUUACUCUCGGCAAUUCUGCGAGAUGACACAAAGGAUACGAUAUCUGCAGACCCGGCCGCGGAUGCAGACGUUAAAGCUGGGACUCCAACAGCCGGAAAUGCCACUCUUACACCCUCGAGUGAAAUGGACGAAGACCGAUCCACAAAGCUUCCAUCUACAAGCAAUAUUCCACAGCAGACAGGCUUAAAAUUCAACAGCGUUAGUCUUGACUACCCUACUUUCGAAGAACGUCUCAAACGGGAGCUAAAAUAUGUUGGUAUUUACAUGAAUCUUCCCAGGAGUGAAGAUAGCGGCUACAGCGAGGAUCCAGACUGGCUCAUGGGACGUGAGGAUGACGAAAUUAGUUCAGAACUGCGAGAGCUACAAGAUGAGCUGAGACAAGUUACUAAAGUCAAUAUCAAACGAAAAGCAACAUUGAUUCCUUUGGUAGAGCGUCAAUUAGCAUGGCAGGAAUACGCUUCCAUCCUCGACGACUUAGAUAAACAGACCGACCAGGCAUACGUGAAACGAAUUCGAGCUCCAAAGAACAAAAAGAAGAAACAGCAGGCUGUCACCUCUGGAACCGGUUCCACAUCUCAAGCUGCAAUUCAAGCAGCACAUCAACAAGCGGCAAACUCAAGCUUGAAAUCACUCUUAGACAAGAGACGAAGGUGGGUCACAAAGAUUGGUCCUCUUUUCGAUAGGCCGGAGAUCAUGAAGCGUUUUCCAAAGGAAAGCGUUUUCAGAGACAUUGAUCAGGAAGAGGAGGAUGAGGAUGGUGAUGUGUUUGGGAGUAAUGGCAAUAAUAAAGAUGAUGAAUUGACUGAUAGUCUACAAAAUAAAGACGAAUGA